AUGCUGCUGCCGGGCGGGGGUGGCGGCGCGGGCCCGCCGGCGCUGGCCGCCCUGUCCCAGGUGCUGCGGCUGGAGCCGAGCCGCCGCGCCGGCGUCGUGUUCCCGCUGCAGAAGCUGGAGCGGUACCUGGCGCCCGGCGCCGACACGGAGCGGUUCCGCCUCUUCCAGCCCGGCCUGGCCGCCCUGCAGCGCGCCGAGCUGCUCUUCAGGCCCGGCCACGGCCACGCCAUCGAGUACGUGAGCUCGGCCGUCCGCAUGGGCCAUGCCCCGCCGCCCGGGCCGCCCGAGGUGUGCUUCAUCGGCCGCAGCAACGUGGGCAAGUCGUCUUUAAUCCGAGCCUUGUUCUCUCUGGCCCCUGAGGUGGAGGUCAGAGUGUCAAAAACUCCGGGCCAUACCAAGAAGAUGAAUUUCUUCAAAGUAGGGAAGUACUUUACUGUGGUGGAUAUGCCAGGAUACGGCUACCGUGCCCCGCAAGACUUUGUGGAGAUGGUGGAGGCCUAUCUGCAGGAGCGGCACAACCUGAAGAGGACUUUUCUAUUAGUUGAUGGUGUAGUAGGACUCCAGAAAAAAGAUCAUAUUGCUGUAGAGAUGCUGGAAGAGUUUGGGAUUCCUUAUGUGAUGGUGUUAACAAAAAUUGACCGUGCUUCCAGAGGACUGUUGUUAAAGAAUGUACUGGAAAUCCAGGAGUUUGUAAAGGAGAAAACUCAGGGAUGCUUUCCUCAGCUAUUCCUGGUCAGUUCUCUGGAGUUUUCGGGGGUUCACUUGCUAAGAUGCUUUGUAGCCCAUGUUACUGGAAACCUGCGUGCUGUAGAGGCCAGCUGAAAAGACAGGCUCCUGAUCUGCUCAGCUCAUCCAGAACAAAAGGUGCGGCAUGACAGCACAGGUUGCCCGCACACGUCAAGCUGUUCCUGUUCCCGGUGUGUGAAGGAAAGGACAUACCUUUAAUGGGGUCUGCUUUUUGAUUACUGUUGGCUUGAAACAAAAUGGAAUAAAAGACUGACAUCUAGGGGAAUGCCCUCCUUCUGCACUUUA